ACACAACACAUUCCGGAGCGUCUUCACACUCAGGAUGAGCAGAUACCACGAGCUGUAGUGCAACAACUCCGAUCCCACCGGCCAUUUGGGACAUCUCUUAAUGGCUUCCGAUCCAGAACCAGCCGUCGCUGGCACGAAACGACCACACGAUGCCUUGGACGACGCGCCUCAGAAGAGGCGACGAGUCCGACGUGGCGCGCUGCGACAUGUACAACAACGUCCUACAGAUAUCGAACUAGCGCCGCAAGAUCCAGUCUUCGUGCAAGGUCAGAUCCUCAAAAGCAUCAGCGCAGCCCUAGUGAUGGCAGGCUACGACUCGGUCAAGCCUUCAGCGCUCGAGAUGUUCCGCGCACAGGUGGAAGAAUACAUGCUGCAAUUUCUGAAGCAGGCGCGAACAUCUAUGCAUGCCAACAGAAGGACAAGGCCGACAGCGCUAGAUUUCGCUUCAGCGCUUGCACAGACACCAAUAACGCACACCGCUUCUCUGCUGGAGCCUCAACUCGAUCUAGAGCUACCGGAAGAUAUCUCAUAUCCUUCCAUUCCAGAGCCAGAUCAUGCGCCUCCACAAGCUCCAGACUUCUCUACACUUCUCCAACCGCUGAUUGAGCAAAAGCCGCCAACGUGGAUACCAAAUCAUUUUCCGGCACUCCCGCCACAACAUGCGUGGAAGCAGACACCGGUGUUCCCCGCAAGAGAGAAAGAUGCGCGGCAAAUGCGCAAGAAGGCGACUGAGGAAGGCAUGCUGGCAGAACAGGCAUUAAGGAAAUUGGCGGCUGCUGCAAAGACCAGCGCGAUGCAUGCUGAGAAGAGAAGAAGCAGCGUUUUGAGCGGCGAAGGCCGGGCUAGAGAACCAGCAAGAUCGCAUAAACAAGGGACGAAGGUGCAUGAGGAUACAUUUGGAGACGUGCUGCGCGAGGUUGGUGGCGUCGAGGAUGCCAUGGAGUUAGAUGGAGCGACGAACGUGAGGGAUGGCAUGGAUCAGGGAAUGCCAGAAGGUGUCAUGGUCAAUCACGAUCUGGUGCAUUGGCGAAGACAGCAGAGAGGACUCCGGGCAUAAGGCUGAGUCAUGCGUCAUGGACCGAUGAGCGCCAUGUAUCUCGAAGUGAGAUUGUUUGAACUACUUAGCGUGGCGUUGGCAGGACCUUGCCUUGGGAAUAUU